AUGGCACCCGAAAAGCUCGAGGAAAGCCUCCAUUGGUUGAAGCAUGAUGACGAGGAACGCGCCAGGCUCAACAAUCAACACCGUGUUCUGAUCCACGUCAUUGAUAAUAAAAUCAUUCACGCCCCCAUUGAUCAUUCGACUAUCACGAGAAUCGCAGAUCUCGACGCUCUAGCUGCCUAUCUAGAUACUAUCCCGACAGCGACCGGGCAAACUCGUCAAUAUGAUGGCCUCGAUAUGUCCCCAGCAAACUUCCCUGCUUCUUACCCAGAAAACUUUCAUUACGGUGUCUACAAUAUUCUCCAGCCUGUCCCGGAAGAAUUGAAAGAAAAAUACGAUUUGGUUCACGUGAGAUUGUUAGUGGCUGCGUUAUCGAAAGAAGACGUGAGCACGGUGCUGGACAAUCUUGCUCAACUUUUACGAACUGGAGGCUGGAUCCAAUGGGAUGAGCUUGAUGGCGACUCUUGGGCUGGAAGGGUACACAGUUCCCAUGUGAGGGAAAUAAACGAGCUUGUUAGAAAGCACAUGGAAACUAAGGGAAUGGAGCUGUACGGCAAAAGCCCAUCCCAGCCUUCACAACGUGUCCGAGAAAUUUUCAAUACAGUGAAGAAUGGAUCUGAGUUAAAGGAUGACAUAAAUUCGACGUACCUAUGGUCAUGUACCAGAUCCACAAAAAUGAUUCUCCUGGCAAGUGGAAAGCCUAAUGUGGAGGAGGAGUUUCAAAGGCUUGCCAGGGGCGCCAAGGCCGAUAUUCAACGAGAUGGGAUUUUUUGGGAUUCAGAUGAGCACGUCUUGUUUGCGCAGAAGAAGUAG